AGUAAAGUCAUUGCACCGUGUCAACAUGCCAUUACUGACUGCAUCAAUCAAAUUUUAAUCCCAUUUAAGUUCAAAAACAUAAAUUAUGAAAAAUUUCAGUCUUCCACCUACCUAAAUUGCCCGUAACCCAAAAUAUGUUAACAGAAACCCGUUCUGAUGAGCAAAUCCGUUUAAGAACUAAUGUCAAGAUAACGAAUAUCGAGGAUGAAAACAACGACAAACAAUGGAAUGGUAGUAAAACAGAACCUUCGGAGGAAGCCGAACCAGGGCAAAGUAAAGAAAAUGAAACUAGCAGCUCAAAGAAAAAUGAGAGGCUGCUAUGCAUCCAUGAUAUGCCAGAUCAUUUACAAUUUAAUCCAUAUAUUGUGAGCGGAUAUCGGCCUCUUCAACCACCUUUGCAAUGUGUCGGCAGUGUUUUCCAGUGGCAUAACGAAAGCAUCAAUAUUAUCACACACGCCAUUCCAAUUUUCUACAUAAUACUGACAGUACCGGAUGUUCUUCCAUGGCAUUCCAAAGAACUUACUUUCCUAGCUUGGUGUCACAUAGCGGGAAUCUUGUGUCCCUGGAUAGGAAGUUUUAUAUAUCAUAUGUUCAUGAACCUGAAUUAUGGACCAUUGGCCUAUUAUGUACUUUUACAAAUUGAUAUGAUGGGUAUAUGGAUUAGUCAGAGUAUAGGUGCCCUUCCUCUAGUAUUUGCUUCCACAAAAUGUCUUCAAGAUACAAUUAGAAUGUCUAUCAUCGUUUUUUACUGUUUGCUAAGUUUAUGGGGAUUAUAUAAGGCAAUGAUUGCAUGGUCACCAUGGGACAGGCGGUUAUGUUUUCUUCUUCCAUUCUUGACUCGAAUAGGUUUAUGGUGCCUGAGACUAACAAAGAUAGGAGGAGGCGACCCCGCUGCUUUUAUUCACGUCGUUUUACAAGAUGUAAUAUCAAUAACCGGGGGCUGCAUAGGAGCAAUCCACGUUCCAGAAAAAUGGUUUCCUGGAAAAGUUGAUUUGUUUCUCAAUUCGCACAAUAUCAUGCACGUCUUGGUAGUAGCAGCGGUCUGGAGUAUGCAUCAGGCUACCAAACUGGAUUUACAUUGGCUGGCGAAGAAUCAAUGUUACUAAAUUAUAUUUCCAAUGCGGGUCAGAAAGAAAAAACAAGGAAUAAUUACGUACAUAUGAAACUGCAGAUUAAGAUGAUACAGCUCUGUAGUAUGUGAUUUUUUACUAAUAUUUUUGUUUCGGUCCUCCUGAAUAAAAUACUUAUUCAGUUUUA